AUGCUUGGGCGCCAUGCAGACUUUGACGAUGAGUGGGAGGAGAUGCCCAUUGAGCAUGUCGACACCGAACUAGAGGAAAGUGAAAGCGAAGAGGGGGCAUACCGCCCGCUUUCGCCGACGAAACGCGCGGCAAAGGGAGCGCGCGCGCUCGCCGCGCGGCGGACCCACCGCCAGACCUCGCACGCGUACGGCGGGACGACAAACCACGCGGGACAGCACCUAGAUGUGCACGAUGUGCGUGGAUACGACUGGCGCACGCGCCCGGAGGACGAGAGUAUCGAGAAGCCGGGCGACGCCGAGGGGUAUACACAGCUCCGCCUCGACGAAGACGAGGAGGAGGAGGAACUCCAUGCCGCCACAGAAUACCUCUUUCAGGAGGAUAUGAAUCGUAUCGGGGACGCGGGCGAAGAUCCCAGCGCUGCGCCCAUCUCGCAGCUCGCCAUGACCAAGCGGCUCCUCACCGAGACACAGAAAAUCGCAUACGUCGGCCUUUGCUGCAUCACCGCACACGACCUCGUGCGGGAGGUACAGCGCCUCGAGCCAAACGAGCCAAAGCCGGCGUCUAAGAGUACAAGCGAGUGGCUUUUGCGUGUCAUGGUACGACUGUACCAGCACCUGGACAUUGAUGUCACAGAACAAGCAAUGAUUGAUUCGCUUGCGCACCACGGCAUCCUUGCCUCGGACCUCGCACGCAGCCUGAUUACGACACACACGAUCCCGAAUCCAGGAUAUGUGCCGGGCUCUGAGGAAGAGACGAGCGGCGCACCCGAGCCCGAGAGCGCGCCUGCCAAGGGCGCGGCCGACACGCCGAGCGAGACGAAGCCGUCGGAGGAGCCUGCCGUGCCCGAACAACCUGCAGACGCCAAAGAACCUGCCCAGGCCGCUUCCGAGCCUGCCCAGGCCGCUUCCGGCGAUGCCGCUGCGCCGAGCCCCACCGAGAAACCCGUCCUGACCGACCCCAACUCGGCCGCGCAGAUCGCCGAGCGCGAGGGUCUUGCAGACGCGCAUUCCGCUGCGCCGACGGUGCCUUCGGGCGCAUUGCAUCCGCCGGAAAAGCCGGCGGGGCCUCCCGUUUCGCAAAACACGCUCGAAGGCGUCACGACCGAGAUCAGCUCGUCGUCCAAGACCAUUACGCUCGAUAUCCGCUGGACUGUGCUUUGUGACCUGUUCCUUGUGCUCACUGCCGACAGCGUGUAUGACGCACGCUCGCGUGUCCUGCUCGAGCGCGUCGCCGACGCGCUCAACCUUACGUGGAUGGACCUGACCAAGUUUGAAAAGCGGAUCACCGACGCCCUUGAGAUCGAAGAGGAUGUGCAGACGCUCGAUGAUCGCCGCGUGGCUGCGCUGCGCGAGGCAUCGUCGCAGCGCAAGCGUCUCGUCAUGAUGGGCCUCGCGACCGUCGGUGGCGGCCUGGUAAUCGGCCUCUCGGCAGGUCUUCUCGCGCCUGUGAUCGGUGCAGGCAUCGGCGCGGCACUCGGUGGCGUGGGUAUCAGUGGCGCCUCUGCGUUCCUGGGCGGUGUCGGUGGUGCAGCGGCGAUUACGACCACCGGCACGCUCGGCGGUGCAGCGCUCGGUGGCCGCGGCAUGAGCCGCCGUACACGCAGCGUCAAGACGUUUGAGUUCCGGCCGAUGCACAACCACAAGCGUGUGAACUGUAUCGUGACAGUACCCGGCUUCCUGCGCGGUCCCGAAGACGAUCCUACGCUCCCGUUCGGUGUGAUUGAUCCGGUGAUGGGCGACGCAUUCAGUAUCAUGUGGGAGCCCGAGAUGAUGCGCGAGAUGGGCAAUGCCAUGUCGAUUCUGUGGAACGAGACGCUGGUGCAAGGUGUGCAGCAGGUCCUUGCCGCCACCGUUGCCGGUGCCAUGUUUAGUGCACUCGCAUGGCCGCUAUGGCUCACGAAACUCAACUAUAUUAUCGAUAAUCCUUGGUCGAAUGCGACCGAGCGUGCGCGUGCCGCAGGCCUUAUCCUUGCGGACGUACUCAUGAACCGCCAGCUCGGCGUGCGCCCUGUAACCCUGGUCGGCUACAGUCUCGGUGCGCGCAUGAUCUUUUAUGCCUUGCGCGAGCUCGCGCAGAAGAAGGCGUACGGCAUUGUGCAGAACGUGUACCUGAUGGGCGCACCGGUGUCGGCACGCGAGGCCGAGUGGAAGCAGGUGCGCGCGACCGUGUCGGGCCGCUUUGUGAAUGCCUUUUCGCGCUCCGAUUGGCUCCUUGCCUAUCUGCAUCGCGCAACGUCGGGCGGCCUGCACUCUAUUGCAGGACUGCACCCGAUCGAAUUUGAUUGCGGGAUCGAGAACGUGGAUGUGACGCAUGUCGUGCCUGGUCACCUGGCGUACCGUGCGCUGACGCCGCUCGUUCUCGGCGAGCUUGGCUUCAAGACGACCGCGGACUACUUUGACGAGCCCGAGUCGCUCGAUCAGGUGCCGGAGCGUGACGUGGUCUUUGACCUUGAGGCUGAGGCGCCGCCGCCGCCACCACCCAAGUCUAAAAUGAGUGGGCUAAAGAGCAUGUUCUUCCGCAAGAACCCGCGCGAAGACAAGACGGCGGCGGCACUCAGCGCGGCCGUCAAGACGACCGCCGCCGAGGCGAGUACGACCGAGUACGACGAGGACGAAGAAGAGCCCGAAAAUGGGCGGCGCAAGAGCUGGUCGGGCGCGCCGCAGCCGGCCGUGGCCGAUGCGCGUAGCGUGCAGUCGCGGCCUACGUCGCCAGUGAAGCGCGAGGCACCCCGUGCUACCGAGCCGCUGAAAGCGGAGGCCAACAAAGCGGCGCCGGCCAAGGCUGCGGACCAAGUUCCGGCGAAGAAUGCCGAGGCUGUUCCGGCUGUGUCGGAGCCCGCCAAGGCUGUCAAUGCUGUGGAUGCUUCGAAAGGGCCUGCGCAGGCUGCCGAAAAGGUGACUGCUUCGACCGAGCCCGCUAAGGCGACGCCUACUAUUUCCGAGCCUCCCACUCCCGAGCAUUCUGCUGCAGAGCCUCUGCCUACCUCUGCCGACGUGAAAGAGGAUGCCAAAGCAGAGCCCGUCCCUGUCGAGCCCGCAUCUGUCGAGCCCGCAUCUGCCGAGCACACUGAGCCCGUCCCGGCCACGCCUGCCGCGCCGCAGCCCGUGGCGCUCGCUCCUGCCGAGCCUGCGGUGGCCCCUGCGCCGGAACCUACCGAGCCUGCCGACGCCACCCUUGCCGCCCCCUCUAAGCCCAAAAAUGCGCUCUCACCGGUCGUCGCAGCUGCCAACCACUAUGGACUGUCGUCGGACGAGGCGAAACGCCUUGCCUCGCAAUUCAGUGGUAUGUCGUUCGCUUCCGAACCCACCGCCGAUGAUGCAUGGGACCCCCCGUCGCUUGCGAUACCCCCCUCGCUUCCCCAGCCGGCGCACCAACGCAGUCGCACGGACCGUACGGAUACCCUCCCAGGCGCCGAAGACGACGCCGACCUGCCCUCCUGGGCCGCGGAGAAUCCGUGGGGAUAG